UCCCGGCCUGCCCCGCGCCGCCCGCUCGCCCUUGCCGCCGCCCCGGCCCGCUGCCGCCGCCAUGUUCCGCGCCCGCCGCCUCCUCCUGCGCCUCGCCGCCCGCCCGGCGCUGCCGCCGCCCCGCGCCCGCGGCUAUGCCGAGCCCGCCGCCGGGCCGGUCCCCAUGGCCUUCACCUUCGCCUCGCCCACGCAGGUGUUUUACAAUGGUGCCAACGUGAAGCAGGUGGAUGUGCCCACGCUGACCGGCUCCUUCGGUAUCCUGGCCUCUCACGUCCCCACCCUGCAGGUCCUCAAACCCGGAGUCGUGACAGUUUAUGCUGAGGAUGGCACGGCCACCAAGUACUUCGUGAGCAGCGGCUCCGUCACUGUCCACGCGGACUCCACGGUGCAGGUGCUGGCAGAGGAGGCGGUGACGAUGGACAUGCUGGAUCUGGCUACUGCAAAGUCAAACCUGGAGAAGGCUGUUUCAGAGAUGGCUGCAGCGUCCGAUGAAGCAGCUAAAGCAGAAGCUCAGAUUAAAGUAGAAGCUAACGAAGCCCUUGUAAAAGCCCUGGAAUAAUUAAGCUGGGAGACUUACUCUGCAGCAGCAUGUGUGUUGUGCCUGGCAGGAAUCCCACUGUCGAUGUAGAGAAACCCCAGGCUGUCCUACUUGUCCUGGCUUCCCCGAUUGUACAGAUGGUGCGGGACAAAUGGAGGCGGAGAGAAUGCUCUGAUCAAUUAAAAGGAAAUGUAAUCCCA